AUGGCUGUGAUAGAAGUCAGCGUGACGUCACUGGGUAUACAACUCAUUUACGUCAUAGCUGGUGUGUUCUCCAUAGUAAAGGCAUUGACACUGUGGAGCAGUUACCGAAGUAUGAAGAAACGUUAUGACGAAAUUCCAGGAUUCGAGGACAAAGACUACCAUUGGCUUAUGGGAAAUAUACAUAAGUUUCCAAGCGAUACGGAGGGAAGGUUACAGUUACACCGAGGUUUAAUGAUGAAAAAUCCUCGGGUUUGCAGGAUGUGGCUGGGACCUUUCGUACCAAAUAUAUUCGUUCAUCAUCCAGAUUCUGUAAAGUUAAUUCUGAAGUCAUCUGAACCCAAGGCGCGUGGACUAGCUGGAUCGUACGAAUACCUGCUGCCAUGGCUUGGGGAAGGCCUUCUUGUCAGUAACGGUGACAGAUGGGCACGGUCACGGCGGCUACUUACCCCAGCCUUCCACUUCGACAUCCUGCGGCCGUAUGUUGGGAUUUAUAACGAGGCGUCCACUCUCCUGUUGAAUAAAAUGGCAGAUCACGUGAAGGAUGGUAAGAGCUUGGAACUCUUCAGUAACGUCAGCAUGUGUACCCUAGAUAUUAUAUUGAGAUGUGCUUUUUCAUACGAAAAUGACUGCCAGAUUAAAGGGAAUACGCACCCGUACGUUAAGGCAGUCAACGAACUGUCACAAACAAUUCUAAACAGAACAAGGAUGCCGUUGUUACACCCGGACUUUAUAUUUCACCUGACAUCAGAAGGGCGGCGCUUCCGGCGGAACUGUGAUUUUGUUCACACCGUGACAGAAGAAAUUAUCACCAAGCGGAAACAAGCAUUGAAAGAAAUGGAGUCAAGUCCCAAAAAUCGAUAUCUAGACUUCCUCGACAUUUUACUGAGUGCGAAAGACGAAUCUGGAAAUGGACUAUCUGAUGCUGAAAUUCGAGAUGAAGCGGAUACAUUUCUUUUUGAGGGACAUGAUACAACUGCCAGUGCAAUAACGUGGACAUUGUACGCUUUAGCCAGCAAUCCAUUUCACCAGACCAAAAUUCAACAGGAGAUUGAUGACGUCACUAAAGGAAGAUCAUGUGAAGAUAUUCAGUGGGAAGACCUUUCGAAGCUUCAGUACCUUGCUCAGUGUAUCAAGGAAGGGAUGAGGCUGUACACUCCUGUACCUUUUAUACAGAGACGACUCACGAAGGACAUCAAAAUGCAAGACUGCACCCUUCCAAACGGCGCACUUAUUACUUUACAUCUUUACAACCUACAUCACAAUCCUCAUGUGUGGGCAGACCCGGAUGUUUAUGAUCCAAAUCGAUUUCAACAUGGCGCCGCCAGAGAAUUAGAUACAUACAGCUUUGUUCCGUUUUCAGCUGGGUCGAGAAAUUGUAUUGGUCAACAUUUUGCAAUGAACGAGGAAAAGACUGUGAUCGCAAGAAUCCUGCAGAGAUACACGCUAUCGACCGACUGUGAACACAAGGUGCAGAAAAAACUGAGCGCUGUCCUGAGAGCUGAGCAAGGAGUCCACGUUAUUCUCAAGCCAAGGAAGAUUACAACAGGCCAACAGUGA